GCUAAUGAAAUAAAAAGUCUACUUCCCCAUUGAGAGAGUCAUCCCUCAUCUUCUCUGUUCUAUAGCAAAAAAACAGUAAUCAUAACUUGAUUUAGAUCUCAAAAAUCUUGAUCAUCACCAUCAUUACCUUUAGAUCUUUCUCCCUUUUGCUCACUAUCACUCUCAGUCUCUCACCUAUCCACCCAACAUGCCUUCUAGGGUUUCCAUUCUCUGUGUCACUGGGACAAUACAACAGUCCCAAUUCUCACCCUUUCACACCACCAUUCUCUGAUUCACCCUCCACCCUCAUAUCCACCAAAAAAGCAUGCAUCUUUGGUGCCACUGCCUCAAACCCACUUCAGAUUCUCCUCUGAAACCCACUGAGGGUGUUGUUGGCGGUGUCUCUUAGUGUUCAUUGGUGUUCACUGUUCAAUUUGGGGGUUUUAAUCUGGAAUCUGAAAUUGGAUCAAUUUGGAGUUUAUUUUUGGUUGCAAAAUGAUUUCUUCUGGGAUUAACUUGGUGAUGACUGUGAUUGGGUUCGCGGUGAGCACCAUGUUCAUUGUUUUCGUCUGCACCAGGCUCAUAUGUGCACGAAUUCACCUGAAUGCUGCAAGGAGAUCCUUUCCUAUUGCCUCCAGAUCCAAUCUCAGCAUGGCUGAUUGCAGUGCAAACUUUGUGUUGUUUACCCAUUGAAUAUGAUGUCAUUUUGUAUGUUGAUUUAUCAAUUGGACAUUUUUUCAUCCAUGUUCAGAUGGAGCGUGGUUGCCAUGGUCUUGAACGCGUAACUGUAGCCAAAUUUCCAACAAAGAAGUACAGUGACAAGUUUUUUGCUGCAGCAGAAAAUUCUCAAUGCACAGUCUGCCUCUCAGAAUACCAAGGUGAGGAUAUGCUGCGUAUCCUCCCCUAUUGCGGACACUCCUUCCAUGUGACCUGCAUAGACUUAUGGCUGCAGCAGAAUUCCACUUGUCCUGUUUGUCGAAUAUCGUUGCGUGAAUUUCCUGAUAGAAAGCGGUUAAUGCAACCCCUGUUCAGCUCUGCUUUGCAACCUCACUAUGACAUAGAAUCCUUUGACAAUCGUCAUUAUCACUGUAUGAUAGCUGAUAAUGGAUUAUCAUCAAGAACCCCUGACAACCAUGCGGUGAAUCCUAUAGAAGAAGAUCAUUUUCCAUCCGAGGGUGAUGGAGCAGUUGCUAUGGACAAUAUCACCUGUUUAAGUGAGGGUGACUUCAUUAAAGAUGAAGGGAAGAAACAUGUAGAGAGCCCUUCAAACUUCCGGAUUUGAUUGGUUUCAUGGAAGUUGAAGCCUCAAUAUGAUACUUUGAAAUCACAAAUUGAGUAUAAAGUUAAUGUUCCAAAAUUGGAGUGAAAAUGUGAAAUGCAUUAGCAUGCUGAAGGAUGGUUGAUAUCUUUUACUGUAUAUAUAGCUGAGAACACCCCCCACCCCCCGAACUGCACUUUACUGUCUUCUCCUUUGUUCUUUUCUUGAUCUUCAAUACUAGAUAGUAUUUGAAACUCUCUCUCUCUCUCUCUCCCUUCCUAAUUGUAAUUGUUGUAAGACUAGAAUUAGUUGAAUACCCCUUCAAAACUUUGUAUUAAUGCAAAUCCGUACAGUGCAAUUAAUGUAUCUUGUUUUUUUGUCCAACGAUUGGCUUUUCA